AUGCCCAUAAAAUCACGCUACCAGGUUGACAUUCCGGCCGUGGACCUGGCCACAUACAUCUUCCAGUCGCCCACGGCCUCCAUCUCCAACCACAAAGCCUUCCUGGACGCAACAAGCCCCGAAAAGUACUUCCUCAGCUUCCCGGACUUCCGGCUAUGGUCGCAACGCUUCGCCGCCGGCCUGCGCGCCGCCGGCUUCCAGCCCGGUGACCGGCUGCUGCUGUUCUCGGGCAACACCAUCUUCUUCCCCGCCGUGCUGAUCGGCACCGUCAUGGCCGGCGGCAUCUUCACCGGCGCCAACCCCACGUACGUGGCGCGCGAGCUGGCCUACCAGCUGCGCGACUCGGGCGCCCGCUUCCUCAUCUGCGCCGAGCAGAGCAUGGCGACGGGGCUGGAGGCGGCCCGCAGCAUCGGCAUGGCCGAGGACCGCGUCUUCGCCUUCGACGACGGCCGCGCCGCCUUCGACGGCACCGGCAGCGGCGUCGCCGGCACGGGCGUGCGCCACUGGAGCGCGCUGCUGGCGUCGCCCGAGGCGGGCGCGCGCUUCGCGUGGCAGCCGCUGACGGCGCCCGACGACCUGCGCCGGACGGUGGUGCUCAACUACUCGUCGGGCACGACGGGCGUGCCCAAGGGGGUGGAGAUCACGCACCGCAACUACGUCGCCAACACGCACCAGACGCUCUCGUGGGCGCGCAUGGACCCCGGCUUCGCCGAGAACGCGGCGCGCGCCCGCUACCUCGCCUUCGUGCCCUUCUACCACGCCAUGGGCCAGACGCUCUUCUGCGCCCACGCCCCGCUCGUCGGCAUCCCCGUGUACGUGAUGCAGAAGUUCGACUUCGCCCGCAUGCUCGACUGCAUCCAGCGCCACCGCAUCACCGACCUCACCCUCGUCCCGCCCGUCGUCGUCUCCCUGGCCAAGCACCCGCUCGUCGCCAACUACGACCUCAGCAGCGUCGAGCGCGUCGGCUGCGGCGCCGCCCCGCUGAGCCGCGAGAUGUGCGCCGAGCUGGAGAAGAGGCUGGAAGGGCCGGGCCCGGAGCCGAACGGCCAGCAGCAGCAGAAGACCAAGCUCCCCCGCGUCAACGUCAAGCAGGGCUGGGGCAUGACGGAAAUCACCUGCACGGCGACGGGGUGGCACCCGACCGCGCACAGCGACAGCAGCUCCGUCGGCGAGCUGGCGCCCAACGCCGAAGCCAAGAUCGUGCCGGCCGACCACGAUGGCCCUUCUGAUGCCGUGCAGGAGCUCCCGCGCGGCGCGCGCGGCGAGCUGUGGAUCCGCGCCCCCAACGUCAUGAAGGGCUACUGGGGCCGGCCCGACGCCACGGCCGAGGCGCUGACGCCCGACGGCUGGCUGAAGACGGGCGACAUCGCGUACGCCGACGAGGCCGGGUUCCUGUGGAUUGUCGACCGCAAGAAGGAGCUCAUCAAGGUCAAGGGGAACCAGGUCGCGCCGGCGGAGCUCGAGGCCGUGUUGUUGGAGAAUGAGGGGCUGGCGGAUGCGGCGGUCGUGGGGGUGACGACGCCGCGCGGCGAGGAGGUGCCGCGGGCGUACGUCGUCAGGGGAGAGGGGGGCCGGAGGUUGACGGAGGGGGAUGUCGUGGCGUGGAUGGAUGGGAGGGUGAGCAGGAAUAAGAGGUUGGCGGGUGGCGUCAAGUUCGUUGAGGCUAUCCCGAAGAAUCCGAGCGGGAAGAUUUUGCGGAAGGUGUUGAGGGACCAGGCGCAAGCCGAAGUGUCCAGGGAGGCGAAGCUGUAA